AUGUCUGCAGCAGCAACUCGUCGCUGCCCAACCCUGGGAGCCACGGAGCUGCCCUUCCGCGGGCGCUGGUUCCUAGCCUCCUUCACGGCGGGAGUGACGGUGCGGCUGGACUCUGGCCGACGGGACCUUCGGGCCCGGGAGCAAGGACAGCGGGAGGGGGCGUGGGUCACAGCCUGCCGGAUGCCCGGCGAGAAGCCAGCCUAUGUCGGUGGCCCCGCUGGGGUGAGAGGGUGCGACACAAGCGCUGCUUUUCCUCCGCGGCCCCAUCGUCCCUGCCCACGGAGGCUGCGGCCGGAAGCCGGGGCCCUGGGCUCGGAGCGCUGGGAGGAUGGGAGACACGAGCAAGCACAGCCGGCAGAGACACAGCUGGGACCCCCCACACCUUCCCGGUCCAUCAGAGACCACAGCUUGGACCCCCCACACCUUCCCGGUCCAUCAGAGACCACAGCUUGGACCCCCACACCUUCCCGGUCCAUCAGAGACCACAGCUUGGACCCCCACACCUUCCCGGUCCAUCAGAGACCACAACUUGGACCCCCUUACCUUCCCGGUCCAUCAGAGACCACAACUUGGACCCCCUCACCUUCCCGGUCCAUCAGAGACCACAGCUUGGACCCCCACACCUUCCCGGUCCAUCAGAGACCACAACUUGGACCCCCUCACCUUCCCGGUCCAUCAGAGACCACGGCUGGUACCCCCACACCUUCCCGGUCCAUCAGAGACCACAGCUUGGACCCCCCACACCUUCCCGGUCCAUCAGAGACCACAGCUUGGACCCCCCACACCUUCCCGGUCCAUCAGAGACCACAGCUUGGACCCCCACACCUUCCCGGUCCAUCAGAGACCACAGCUUGGACCCCCUCACCUUCCUGGUCCAUCAGAGACCACAGCUUGGACCCCCUCACCUUCCUGGUCCAUCAGAGACCACAGCUUGGACCCCCUCACCUUCCCGGUCCAUCAGAGACCACAGCUUGGACCCCCUCACCUUCCCGGUCCAUAGAGACCACAGCUGGGACCCCCUCACCAGCUCCUGGUCCAUCAGAGACCACAGCUUGGACCCCCUCACCUUCCCGGUCCAUCAGAGACCACGGCUGGGACCCCCUCACCUUCCCAGUCAACGCCCAACCACUGAGCCACACCGGCCGGGCAUAUGAAGUAUUUUUCACCAACAAACUAAACCUGAGCCUGAUCCAGCCUUGAGGUGACAGGAACUUUUGGGGACAAUGAAACAUGUUCAACAGCACAAGGACGUUGGCAGCACAAUCUCCGUGUGGGGACCCACAGGACCCAACGCCGUGCAGGAGAGAAUGAGGGAGGGCGCCCGCCUCCCAGCAGAGCCGCGGGAGGGGAACCCACGAGUACAGGGUGUGGGCCCCGGUUAAACCCUCUGGUCACCCCGAGUGCUCUUAACUCAUCAUGGAAAGUGAUUUCUGAGACGGUCACGGAAAUCGGAGCAUAAUAGUGACGAGUCAGACUAAAAUGCUCCCUGAGAACCUGGCUUCCGCCACAGCCUCUCCCCACAAUGCCCCUCAAGCAGACGACCUGGGCGGUUUGGGUCCCGCAGAAGCUCGCUGUUUCGAACACACCCGUGAGGGAGGCCGUGCAGAGAAUGAGGGAUGGGAAGCAGCGAACACCAGGUCAGGUCCAGGGCGAGAGGAUCAGCGACUGCGUGGCCAGGCACACGUACGGCAGAGCCCGGCGCCCCCGGCACGCAUGCGGGUAAACCACUCACCAGGUGCGAUGCAGGUCACGCCUCCAGCGACGUGGACACCUGGAACAUGGCCACCAACCUGGGGAUCAAAGAAAGACUCUGAGUGACAGCAGCCUUCACGAAGCCUCGCUUUAUCCGAGAGAAACCGCUCAUCAUUCAGAAAACCUUCAAACCAGGCUCCGCGCGCGCCCACAGCAGAGGAGAGAAGCGAGGCACUUGGAGGGGGAAGCAGAGAGCCCAGAUCGGGGCGUUUACAGGGUAACGAGGAGGCACAGACGCGACCCAGGGCCUCACCCGGCGCCACGUCUACAGCAACGACACCAGGUUCAGCGGGUCGGGUCCUGUUAGACACAGCACGAAGGGCGACACGGGUGCCGCCUACGAUUGUCCUCAGCAGGACGGCUACAGUUAAGAAGCAAUCUCUCCCCGGAGGGAGGAGUGUGCCGCGCCAGCCCAGCCA